CUGUGAUCCUGCCCGUGAGCAAUCUCUCAAUUCACCUCUGUCCUACAUUUACUGAAGAUGAAUGCUGCUGCCAUCUCAUGUUGACAUUUACAAGUUCCCACGCUCAAAAACAUUAAAAAAUUAACCUCCUCCCCACAGAAGAUGUAUCAGGUUACGAAUUUCUAACAUAAUGCUGCUCAAAAUUUACUGAAAUUUAAUAGUAAGCGUGGAUAAAUAAUUAUAGACAGGACGAAUUGACCAGAUUCAAAAAUGAUUUUAAUGAACUCUCCUUGUAAUCGUGUAAAAUGCCUAGGAAAGCAAAUUUGGACGACUGUCUUACCUGCAAUGAGACACAUUGCAUCACGUGAACUGCAUAAUGUAUCAGAAAACCCAGCAACGGUCAAAUUAGCAUAUGUUUCUUAUGAAUCAAUGGCCGAUACGGCAGAAGAAAAUUCUACAGCCCCUAUAAUGAUAAUGCAUGGUCUCUUUGGUUCAAAAAAUAAUUGGAAUUCUCUUGCGAAAGUUAUACAUCAAAAAACAAAUCGUAAGGUAAUAGCAAUUGAUGCAAGAAAUCAUGGAGACUCACCACACUCAUCCGAAGUUUCUUAUGCUGUCAUGGCAGAGGAUGUAAUUCAUCUUCUAAAGGAUUUAUGCAUCGAUAAAGCGAUACUAAUCGGCCACAGCAUGGGAGGAUCGACAAUGAUGUAUGUGGCACUCUUUCACCCAGAGGUGGUAGAAAAAUUAGUGGUAGUUGAUAUGUCUCCAAUUGGAACGUCACCAGAAAUUGCAUCAAUGAAAAAAAUUUUUGAAUCAAUGCGCUCGAUAACAUUAGAUGGAAAUUUAUCAUUGACGAAAGCCCGCAAAAUGACGGAUGAACAAUUAUCUAAUUCCAUUAGCUCACUCACGCUACGACAGUUUUUACUGACAAAUCUUGUAGAAGCGGAAACGGGAAAAUAUAAAUGGCGCGUCAACCUUCCAGCCCUUGAACAACACUUCGAGGCACAGAUCGCCCGAUUUCCCGAUGUUGGACCUAGAUCAUUCAAUGGACCAACCCUGUUCAUAGGAGGAUCAAAUAGCGACUAUAUAAAAGUUAAAGACCAUCCUGCUAUAAAAAGACUAUUUCCAGAAGCACGAUUUCAUUAUAUCGCCGGUGCUAGUCAUUGGUUACAUGCAGAAAAACCAGCAGAAUUCCUUAACAUCUUAACCUCCUUCAUUAAUCAAACUGACCGGUAAAACUAAAAAAAAGUGAAUGUAGUGCUGGUUUCUGUAUUUACUAUUAAAAAAUGUAAUUUAUACAUUGUUAAUAGAUCUCUCUUAUGGUACAUCAAAUGUACGUAUACUUAAACAUACAUGUGGCAUAUGGAUACACCAUUGUCACGUAUCAAAUGUACAUAUAGAACAUGUGCAAAUAACGUAGUAACAAUAUAUUGAUCAAUAUAUUAAAUUAAAAUUAAA